CGAACCACCACGACGAAGGCCGUCAAUGCCAACGACGACGGCGACAAAACCUCAUUAUACGUCAACCAAACAACACUGAUAUUCAUUGGAAUAAAUAGGAGAUGUCUUCAAUAUGAGACCCACCGAUAAACAAACCCUCAUCGCAGGGGCUCGCGCCCGAACCAAGGAUCUCGCAGCUAUAGCCCCCCUCCUUGCCGCUAUCAUCGCCCCACUUUCUAUUCUAUUCGACAUUCCAGCUUUGACAGAGAGAUGGUAUCUCAAAGGAAGUAUUGAGCAGCCGGAUCCCAGAGCAAGCCUUGCGCUCAGCGGUGUCGGACUUGGCGCGAAUCUUAUUGCGAAUGUUCUAUUGGUGGUCAGAUUCUCAACGGCGGAUGAAUGGUGGAGGGUUGCGACGAGAGCGAGUAUUGUGUGGUGGACGACAAAGGUUAUUGUAGCGUUCCUCAAUCUCAUCCUUUUCGGCGUUCUCACACGAAAUGCGCCGGAUUUUUCGUACACAGAGGGCUUUUGGUGUGCCGUCGUUUCUCUCAUUCUCUCCUCUCUGGUUCUCGCCCUCUUGAUGCUACACUUUUUCGUCGAGUUUCGUGCACGUCGAAAAUUGCCAUCGGGUUCUACUGGUGCGAGAGAUAUAAACAAGGCGGUCCGAAUCGCAGGGCGACAUUUCAUGCUCCAGACGACAGGAUUCAUCUCCUUGAUCGCCAUUACGGCGUUGAUUUUCUCGAAAAUUGAAAACUGGUCGUACCUCCAAAGUAUAUAUUUCGUCAACAGCGCUUUCCUUACCGUUGGCUUCGGUGAUUUCGUUCCUACAAAGACCUCUACCCGAAUUCUGCUAUUCCCACUCUCCCUCACCGGCAUCGCCACCCUCGCCGCCCUCGUCCAGAUGAUUAUCUCCUGGUUCACAGAGAGGAUGGAAUCGAGGCGUAAAAGACGACGCGAAGAAGACGAAAAGCGGUGGCGAAACCUGAUCGAAGGCAUCGCGGAAUGGGACAAAGAGUGGCAGGGCCAACUUGGUCAUGACCACGAUCACAACAAACGGACGACACUUAUAGCGAGGGUCCGUUCUAUCCGAAGGGGAAAGAUCGGUAAUAAGGUCAAGGACAGGGUACUUCCGCCUAGUGCUGCGGUAGGAAUCGACCGCGUCGCUUCGGGGCUGGUGAACGAGCAUUUUCAUGGAAAUGCGGAGGAGACGGCGGAGGAGAGAGAUGCAAGGAAGACGAAGGGGAGAGACGAGAGCUCGACGGACCAUUUACAGAGGGAAAUUGCCCAUCUGGAAGCGAUGCAUGCGAUGUAUGAUACGACGGACUAUCUCCACACUUUGGUGAUGAGUUUGGGUGGGUUUGUGGUAUUUUGGGUAGUCGGAGCUGCCAUCUUCUCAAGAUUGGAGGGCUGGACCUAUGGAGACGGACUCUACUUCUGUUACAUUUUCUUCCUCACAUUGGGAUACGGAGAUUUCGCCCCAGUUAGUCCCGCUGGCCGUGUUGUGUUCGUUGUUUACUCUCUUGUGGCUGUUCCGAUCAUGGCCUCGUUUGCCGUCCAAACCGUAACCCAGGUAUUCACCAAGCUCUCAACCUGGCAACUCGACCGCCGUCGCGCCGCAGACGGCAUCCGAAACACAGCCUCCGCCUUCACGACCGAUUAUGGUCUCCCUAAAUCCGCCCGUUCGGACCCUGGGAACUCACGUUCUCGUACCACUCCUGCGUCAAAGAGGACGCAAGUCAGGGAGAAGGCUAGGCAGACGGUCGGGUCGGAGCGAAUGAAGGGCGAGGCGGAAGGGUGGGAGAGAGGGCAGAGGGGUGGGAUGUGGAGAAAUUUGUGGAGGUGUGGAGGAGAGAGGGAGGGAAAAGCCAAGGGCGAGAAGAGUGCGAAGAGGGGGGAGAGGGAGAUGGAAGAGGCUGGUGUUGGGCAGGGCGAAGAGCCUGGAGGAGAAGAUGGAGGAGGAGAUAUCGAGAAGGUCAGGGACAGGGGGGAGAGAGGUGUGCAGGAGGAGAUGCUUGAGACGGAGAAGGUCAUUUCGCACAGUGCAUUCGUAAUGCAGCAUCAUUCCCGCCUCGAAGAACAACAAAGGGCUCGGCAUCAAUCAAUUUCCAGAUCCCGCUCUAUCUCUGUUUCCGCACCCCCAUUCAACGACAGUGACUCUUCCACUCCUUCUCGGCAGACAAUCCCACUUCCGACAGUAAUUCCCGUAUCAGACUCGACCGAUCCCAGCGCUUCCACUUCAUCUGUUGCAGACCCGCAAUCAGACCUCGAUGGAUCCGGUUCCUCCAACUACACCGCCGAUCCCAAUGGCACCCUGGCUCUCGCUCAGUCGGACACGAAUGCGCUGACGUCGCUCCUUCUGCAACACGCUUGCGAACUUGAAUUACACGCUCGGCGACUUCUGAUUCAUUAUUUGCCGGAUGGGAGCAAGGCGGAGGUUGUGCUCAAGGCGGACAGGAAUGUGCAAGUGAGGGAUGUUAAGGCUGUGAGGGAAGCGAGGAAGCGGGCGAGAGAGAUGGCAAGGGACAGGGGUACCGAGGGUGGGGAAGAAGAGAGUGGUCGCGAGAUGUCUGAAGAGCAGCAGUGCGAAGAUGAAGAAGUUGAGAUAUUGGCAGGGUUGGAACCAAAGUCGACUAUCCGCAUUCGCGCACCAGAUGCUGGUGGCAGUAGCAGCGACGCCAGGAGGCAUUCAGGUGAAUCACAUACGUUUUUGCCCGCUAAACAUGCCAAAAGCGCGACCGAGCAGGACGAAGCGUUCGAAAGGGUGUGGGACGAACUCACGAGACCCAUGGCUGACGAGGAAACCAUGGAGGAAGUGAGGAAGUACAGGGAGAGUUUCGCGGCUGUGCUUGCCGUGGGGAGUCGGUUGAGGAAGGUGGAAGGAUUGGAGAGGUUAUUGAUUGAAAGAAGGAGAUAAUGAGGUCCUGGAAGGAAACCGAGAGACAGAUCUAUCCCAUAUGCCUAUGGCGGUUAGUGGUGUCAGAAGCGGCGAUAAUGGUUUUCUCGGUUAUCUCUGGCUUUAAUGGUGGAUUCAAUGUUCGGGAUUUGGACAGCGUAUCUUUCUGCAUCUUGUAUCAAUCUAGUCACGACAACCAUCACGCGUACACGAAUAUUUCUUGCGCUCCAAGUCACUUUUUACUUCACUCCCUCUACCUGUACUGUAUUUUGUAUCUAUACGAAG